AUGUCAAACUUCGCACCCUCGACCAUCGAGUUUCGCGCGCUACAAACGAAAACAGCUACCAUGGCCAGAAAUCCCAUCAUAUGUGUGGGCGCAGUAUAUAUCGACACCAUCCUGACUGUGCCGCACUUUCCCAUCGAAGAUGAGAAGCUCCGCGCAAGAGGGCUUUCACGGAGAAGGGGUGGCAACACAGCGAACAGCCUCGAGGUACUAUCGCAACUACAAAAUCAAGAUCCAACGAUAACGACUAAAACAUCUGGUGCUGCUGCCUUGCACCUGUUAGCCGUACUUCCAGAUGAGCACUCUGCCUCCGCAAAGUUUAUCUGCGAAUCCAUUCCGGGCGUGAAUACCGCCGGUGUGAGCUUGUUUCGACACGGAUACGAGGAAGCUGCAUCGAGCUACAUUAUCCAAAGCCAAGAGACGCGGUCGAGAACCAUUGUCAGUAUCAACCAACUACCCGAGAUGAAAUUUGAAGAGUUCAAGCAGCGGAUUGAAGCUUUUGCUUUGCCUCUGUCUGCAGAAGAAAAGGUAUGGGUUCACUUCGAAGGCCGCAUCCCAGAAGUCACGUACCCGUGUGCUGAGUUCCUGCGCGAUGCCCUUACAAGAUUCCGUAUCAGUGUCGAAUGUGAGAAGCCUGAGCGGAAGGAUAUAGCAAAGGUAGCCAGAUUCGCAGAUGUCGUCUUCUACUCGAAACUUUGGGCAGAGAAAAAUGGAUUUGGAGAUGCAAAGACGUUUCUUGAGGCACAGCGAGAAGGCACAAAAGAAGGGGCGAUACUAUGCUGUACUUGGGGUUCUGGUGGUGCUACCGCUUUGCAAAAGGGGGCUCAAGAGACGUGGGCUAAUGUAAAAGCGUGGCAUGUAUCUGGAGAAGAGCAGGCACAGGUUGUGGACACGAUUGGUGCCGGCGAUACAUUCAUUGCUGGUAUUUUGUUCUCAGUCAAUAACCAUGAUGAGUGGGACCUGCAGAAGAAACUAGAGUUCGCAAACGAGCUCGCGGGUCGCAAGGUCUUGCAGGAAGGGUUUAGUGAUUUGGGAAGGAAAAUGUGGGUAGCCAGAUAA